AUGGUGCAAGGGGCCGCAGUUGACACGGACGACGUCCUCACCAAGGAAGAGCAGAUUUAUCUGCUGGGUGAAGCGAAGGAGAAAUGUCAAACAAACCUCAAAGCCCAGCUGGAGAAAAUCAAAGAUGCCAGCUGCUUCCCGGAGUGGGACGGAAUUAUCUGCUGGCCCGAGGGCUUCCCAAGCCAAGAGGUGUCGGUCCCAUGCCCAGAGUACAUCUAUGACUUCAACCAUAAAGGCCACGCCUACAGACACUGUGAUGCCUAUGGGAAUUGGGAGCUAGCCCUCAGCAUCAACAAGACGUGGGCGAACUACACAGAAUGCACCGAGUUUCUCACCCCUGAGCGCCGGAGCCAAGAGAAGGAAGUGUUUGACCGCCUGCACAUGAUGUACACCAUCGGCUACUCCAUCUCCCUGGCCUCCCUCAUUGUUGCCGUGUGCAUCCUCUGCUACUUCAAGCGCCUGCACUGCACAAGGAACUACAUCCACAUUCACCUCUUCGCCUCCUUCAUCUGCCGGGCCGCCAGCAUCUUCGUGAAGGAUGUGGUGCUUUACUCCGGCUCGCUGCCCGAGGAACUGGAGAAGAUGCGAGUGGAUGAUUUAAAGGGCGAGUUGGGCCCCUUUCUGGGACACCGGACCCAGCUGGUGGGCUGCAAGGUGGUUGUGACACUUUUCCUUUAUUUUCUGGCCACCAACCACUACUGGAUUCUGGUGGAGGGGCUCUACCUGCACAGUUUGAUCUUCAUGGCCUUUCUCUCCAACAAGAACUACCUGUGGGCCCUCACCAUCAUCGGCUGGGGUCUCCCUGCUGUAUUUGUGUCUGUUUGGGCCAGUGUCAGGGCCUCCCUGGCGGAUACACAAUGCUGGGACCUCAGCGCUGGGAAUAUGAAGUGGAUUUAUCAAGUCCCUAUCUUAGCAGCCAUUGUGGUGAAUUUCUUCCUCUUCCUCAAUAUCGUGAGGGUUCUGGCGUCGAAGCUCUGGGAGACAAACACGGGGAAGCUAGACCCUCGGCAGCAGUACAGGAAGCUGCUGAAGUCCACCCUGGUGCUGAUGCCACUCUUUGGGGUCCAUUACGUAGUGUUCAUGGCAAUGCCCUACACUGAAAUCUCCGGCGUGUUAUGGCAAAUACAGAUGCACUACGAGAUGCUGUUCAACUCCUCCCAGGGCUUCUUUGUGGCUUUUAUCUAUUGCUUUUGCAAUGGAGAGGUGCAGUCAGAGAUUAAGAAAGCCCGUUUCCGGAGGAGCCUGGCACUGGACUUCAAGCAGAAAACACGAGUCACCAGCACGGGGGGGAGCUGCUAUUAUGGUGGGCUGGUGUCACACACCACCAACAGCGUCAGCAUGAGCAUCGCCGGACGGGGGCCGGCAGGGGCAGGGGUGCAGCAGAGCACCAAGCUCCGGGUCCUGCCGCUGUCCCCACACACCAGCCUGCUGGGAUAUAUCCCGAGUUCCUCUGCUUCCGACAACUCUGUGCCCUCCCCAACCCAAGAGAUUCCCCAGAAGUCCCCUGGGGAGAACGCCAAGGACUUUGUGUGUUUCCCAGACCUGGGUCAAAGUCAUUCCAGCCUGAGCAAAGAGGUGGAGACCAUGCUAUGA